CAGGAAGCCAACUUCAUCUUUUCGCCGUCUAGUCCCUACUCAAUUGAAGUCCCGUUACAUAGAAUUCAAGAGGCACAAUGUCACGUCCUAACCCAGCCCAACGGAACCUGACACUGACUGAGGAGCUAGAGAGACUGGAGCAGUCUAUAACAUUGACCCUGCAAGAAAUUGAUCACAAUUUCAGCCGUGCUCACAGGAUAGUUACCACAAGCAUUCUUCCCACCGUUGAACAAUACGCUGGGCAGUCGAGAGAAGUAUGGGAGGGGUCAAAGUUCUGGAAACAAUUCUUUGAGUCUAGUGCCAAUGUGUCGCUUUCCGGCUACGAAGAACACCCACCCAGUGACAGCGGACAGGAAGGCACUUACACUGAGAACUCUACAUACACCGCCCGCACCUCCACAGACGAAGAUGCUACGGCAUCAUAUGCCACUCCGUCAUCUGAAUCGUUAAACCUCCACCACCGAGAUGAUGCUCCGGACCUCUCUUCCCUCACAAUAACACCAUCCCACAGCACCCCGCGACCAAAAUCACAUUCAAUACGGGAUGAGAUCGACGAUAUUACCAGCUCAUCCAUCGACUACCCCUCCUCCUAUGAAACUCUCCGCCACGAAUGGGAUGACACCCCCUCCCAAUCAAGAAACGCGGACCCAGUCACUCCUGGGAGGUCACAAUGGACCCACGGCGGCGCACGAGACACGGCCGUAACGCCAACAACCUCAGCGUUCGCCCCACUCACCCCGCAUCAGAUGCCAUCCACAUCGAAAAAGGCCGGCAAGCCAACAGAUCCCGUCCUCCACCGCGUCCUAGAUAAAACCUACCGUAUCCAGGCAACACCCCUCGCCACUGCCCGCAAAACCUACGGCCACGAUACCCGAGGCAUCAGCACGCCCAGAUUCAAGCCCAAGCCGGGCUACCUGGACUCCUCACCCAUCUCCAGCCCUGAAAUCGAAGUGCCAAAACUUCACUCAGAGAUUUUCUCGUCCCCGAUCAAGGAUGACGACGACGAUGAUAGACCACCUCGUCAGCGACGGCCAAACAAACCAUCCCGACUCCCACGACCGGGUAUAAGCGUGCUUGCGCCAGCCGAACACAACCCCUCGCGGCUGCCAAAUAAAUCCGGAGAAUGGCCUAGUGACGAUGACCUCGAUGACGACGAUGAAGAUGACCCCACCGCGCUGUUUGGCCAUAGUCCACCGAAAACGAUCCAGUUUCAUAUUCCGCAGAGCAGGCUGCUUCAGACUCCAGCGAAAGAAGCCUCCAAGCGAAUCGUUUCUGAACUCCUCUACACCGCCGGUUGCGGCGAUGAUAUCACGGACGAGGAUGAAAGUAGCCCUAGCGUCAUUCGUCGCGCAGCCGGGUUGGAAGACGAGAGCUUCUGAAUAGUAAUGAUAAUACAAUAACAAAAUAUACAAGGCAUAAUAAAAUUGCCAUGCGCACUUUAAACAUAUACCGUUUUACUACUGGACGCGGUUAAGCGGAUCUACUUGAGUAAGUUUGUAUGAAACUCUACGAAUAAAACUCACAGAUUAUAGCUUGGUACCUGUGUAAAUUUAACCAAACGAUUAAGGUAUAUGGAAUGUGACGGUUGGAAUGGCGACCCCCAAUGAUAUUCCCGUGGUUGCAAGAUAUCUUCUUGGAUGCACCCGUUGAUAUUGAAAGAAUAUCAAAAAGAAGGAAUAGGAAGGAUGAUAAACAGCUGGCAAAGUUCAGUGGAGGGAGGCGCUUAGGUGCGAAACUAAAGAAACUGGAUAUCUCUUCUCACUACCUCUCAACUACACAGAUGCAAAAGUAAAAUGGACUCUUCCCUAAGAAGGGGAGCAAGAAAAAGUUGAAAAAAAAAAUCAAAAAAAAUCAAAAAAAAUCAAAAAAAAUCAAAAAAAAUCAAAAGAAAAAAAAAGUAAACUCAUUUACCACAUAUGCAUCUAGUUUUGAAUUUCAUCAUCAUUGUCAUCAUCAUUGCUAUACAGCACCAAGCACCAAACAUCAAGCCAGGAUGUGGUGAUUGGAAGAAAGAAGAAAGAAGCUAUUUGUGAAUGAGCUAACUGUAUUGCAUGACAUCACAUGUGAGAAAACACAACUUAUGAGAGCAUGCAGAGACUGGAUUCAUAUAAGACUGAACAGCAUGUCCCUGAGAGUUUUAGGAAUUGGGAAGUUUAGAAGAAGAUAUAAAUAUUGGACAGAUAAAUGGAUAUAAAGGAGGAAGCAUAGAUAGAAUAAAACAUAAGAUGGGAAGAGAGGGAAAAAGGAAAUUGAUGAGAAGAUGAAGUAACAUAUUUCACAACCUGAGUGAAUCAUGCCACUCUCUGUUUUUAAUGUACCACUGCACAAAUUUAGUAUGAGAAGGUACAGUACCACCUUAUUGUAUUUGUCUCAUUUGUCUCAAAUUCUCUCAUACCAAAAAAUAGUGGAGUGGUACGAAGUGAUCCAGGUUGUGGUGAGAGAGAUGACACAAAAAUACCCUCAAGGCAUGAAGGCUGGGUAUCUCCGCCAGGAGAAAGAAAACCAAGCAAAUAAUGGAUAGUAAUAAUAACAAUGAUAAUAAACAGGCUUUAUAAGGGCAAGCAAGUUCCAUCACUUUUUUCA